AUGAGAUCGUACAAUGAUGGAGACAACGCAAUAAAAACAGAUAGGGAAUCUGUAUACAGCGCAAAGACGAAUCCAGAAGUUUUAAACUACGGGCGUCGUGACCUAGAUAGUACAAGGUUAAUUAGUAGCGAAUGUUCAGUUAUGUCUGGUGAUUCAUCCGCAUAUGGGGACAACGGGAUAAUGACUCGUAUCUGGAGUGGAAUGAAUCGCCGUGGUUCAGUCUCAAAUGACAACCAGCAAGAGGUGAUAGUGCAGCUGAAAGAGGCAUUUAAAAAGCGAACAGAGUGUCUGGUCAUGUUGCAGAACAAGAUGGAAUCCACCGAAAAAGUCUACAGAGGUGAGAUAGAGUCUCUUAAGAUGGAGCUAAGUGUAAAGAGCCGAAAAAUGCUGGAAUUCCGGGAGAGCUUGCUGGAAGCUAGAGAAAUUAUAGAACGGGAAAGAGAAUCCAACAGCAGUAUGACCAUGGAGAUGAAAAGCUUCCAGAGAGAAUUGGAACUAAAAAAUGGUGAAUGCGAGCGUCGUGAUCUGUUAAUUAAAGAGUUGCGUAAUAAAAAUAAUGUUCUGGAAACGUGUGUGCUAGAAUUAAAAGAAGAUGCGGAAAAGAAAUGUGAAGCCUUAAAAUUGCUAGAAAAGUCCAAAGCGAAGCUAGAACAGUAUGAGCACAAUUAUUACAGAUACUAUGCAUACGAGGUCAAUGUAAAUAGCAACACUAUCAAGCCAAUUAUCCUCGUCUAUCAGCUGUUGCCAAACUCUCCUAUUUACUGGAUCUCCAUCAAGAAAUGGAAUGGCUUUAUCCAGAUGAUAUCAAUGAGCAACAUUAAAACCAUAAACGUGUCGAAUUAUGAACUUCUAGUGAUCUCUACAUAUAACACGCCCGACAUCAUCAUCCUCUUCCACAAUUACGGCAUGCUCACCAAUGCGAUUACCAACCUAAAUCGAAUGUUCAAGGAGUCCCAAGAGAAAGAGCGCCAAAUCCGUGACCAGCAGAAGCUGAUUUGCUUGGCGGAGAUUGAAGCAAUGCUGUUUGGCGAGUGUAUGGGCACUGUUCAAUUCCCGUCAAUUUUUAAUCCAGCAUAA